AUGUUUCAAUACUUCGACAAAUAUAAUCUUUAUGGUCCGCAAACGAAGGAAGUUGUUGAGUGGGCAAUACAACAAGUUCCUGACAAUCUUGGUACCUUUGAAGAGUUCUUCGAGAGGAAUCCGCUUGGUUUAUAG